AUGCGUCGACCCACCGGGCAUUUGCCCGGUGCUCAGCGCAUUGACUACAUAUCUCCAAAUCUGGGAAGCAUCAAUGGAGCAACACGACUUACCAUAUCAGGAUCUGGUUUUGCCCAGGAGCGACAGUUCCAACUGAAUCCAAUCGAUGACACAUUUGGCAACCGUGUGACACUGGUGUCUGACACCCUGUCAGUCCCCUGUGAUGUGGAGAGGGACUCAACACACGGCAACAAGAUCAUGUGUUACACCAGAGCCAUGCCAAGUGAUUGGUAUGUGGUCCAUGUAAGUGUGGACGGUGUUCCCAUUCCGGACAGCAAUAUAUGCUGGGGCGCAUACAAACCAUACCAAUGCAGCAUCUAUACUUACACUUAUCGCACGCCAACUAUCAGCUCUCUGACUCCAGUCAGUGGCCCCCCAGGCACCUUAGUGACACUGCGAGGAAUGAUCUUCACUGAUGUGUAUGGAAGCAACACUGACAAGAGCUCCAAUGGUUACAAUGUCAGAUUUCUGAGAGCCUACAUGGGAGGGAUGCCAUGUGAGCUGCUUAAACCGGAGUCAGAUGAGCUAUAUAACCUGCGACUGGACUAUACAUACUCAGUUUGGGGUUACAUGAGCUGCAAAAUGACGGGGACAUAUGUUGGGCAUCACAACUUGACUUACAUACUUGAUAAUGAUUUUGGAAGGAGUUUAGCAGACAAGAAACUUUUCCGGGUUUCAGCUUUGGGAAAGCUCUCCAUGUUUCAGACCUUUGCAGAAGUGACAGGAGUCUCCCCAUCCAGGGGAAGCAUCAUGGGUGGAACUCUGUUGACUGUCAAAGGCCGCUUCUUCGACCAAACCGAUCACCCAGCACGUGUUCUUGUUGGAGGUCUACCUUGUGAAAUCCAAAGUGUGUCUGAUGACAGGAUUAUGUGCAGGACUGCCAUGCAGGAGAUGAACAACAACAUGACUGGCUACCCCGGUGGAAGAGGCUUGAAGAUGGAGGUGUGGGACAAUACAAAUCCAAGUUACCUGACUGACAUUCGCAGUUACAAAACCAACACAAAUGGAUACUGGACUCAGUGGAUCGACUCCAUGCCUCAAGUCUUUGCUGCUGCAGUUUAUUAUUCCAGCUCACGAUACAGAGGCUUCUUUGUCCCUCCAGCCAGCGCCAACUACACUAUUUACCUUUACUGUGAUUACCAAUGUGAUCUAUACCUCAGCAACUCCAGCCGCCCAGAAGAUAUGGUUAAAGUUGCAUCUAAAGUUCUGGCUCUAGAGAAGGGAAAACCAUACUACUUGGAAAUUCUGCAUCAACACUAUGGCGGUCAAGCUACUGUCAACCUUGCCUUGUUUCAAGAGGAGAGUCCCUUUACAGAAGACCAGACGGACGAUGCUGUAAAUGAGGUUCAAAAUAUCGUGGCUGAAUAUGAUGUGUUCGAUGAGGAACAAGUGGUAACCUUUGAAUCCUGGCCCAGUAAUAUCACCGGGGUCAAAGAGGUCCAGACUGUUACUGUCAGCAGCAGCUGUGCCAGCAAUAUUUGUGGGAGCACCUUCAGCCUGGGCUACGGAGACGCAACAACAGGACCGAUCUCUGUUAGUGCCUCAGCAGAUGAGGUGGGCGCAGCCUUGAACAACCUCUGGUCCAUCAAACCUGACACAGUCCAGGUCACCAAACAGGGCGACAGUCAAGUGUCUCUCUACACAGUCACAUUCAAUUCUGACAGAGGGGAUUUCAAACCUCUGCACUAUGAGGUUUUUGGCUCAGACACCAAUGUUUCUGUUGCAGAGGUUACAAAGGGGAGAAGCAACAUGAAGACUUUCACCCUGCUCUGGGGAGGAGUCCCAACAAAGCCCAUCGCUUUCAAUGCAAAUGAGUCAGAGGUGCAGUCGGCUGUGGAGGACAUGAUGAAAGCCGAGUGUCCCAGUGAGAUCCUGACCACUGAAGGGACUGAUGUGAAAUACUUCAAGAACUUUGAAAAUGACAACUCUCAGUUCAUAGGGACUCCAGUGAAAAACUCUGCUUUCUGUGGCCUGUGGUCGCUGAAGAAUGCUGUGGUUCUUUUCAAGGACAGUUACACCAAAGAGACUGGUGGCUCCUACGGACCAGUUUCAUUGGACAAGCAUCCUACGCUUUGCUUUGCACACAAGGGAAUAUUGAAGGAUGAAGUAGGAAUGAAAUUCACUUACCUCAACAGCCAAGGCCUAACCAUGACAGAGACCACAAAGAUCAACACCCUGUUCAAUAAGGGCCAAACAUGGAGUUACAAAUGCAUGGACCUGCAGAGCUCCCUGCAGACAGAAUACAUUGGAAACAAAUACAAUCUGCUGGAGUUUUACCUCUAUAAAGACGCCGCUGGUGCAGAUUUCUAUGUGGAUGCCAUAUACAUCGGAAAGAGCCCCACCACAAUUGAUGAAAAUGCCAUUCCCCUAAUGAGGAGGCCUCCACCUUUUGAGAGCUCUGGUGAUUCCUUUGAGUGGAUCACUGUCAACAAGGACACAUCAUCUGCUGCACAGAUCAGCUACAAGAUCAAAGCCAGACCAGUAGAAUGUGCAUUUGGGUUCCCACUGCUAGGAGUUGGCUUUCUGCAGAUGUCCAACAACAGCGAGGACACAGCUGAGUUUAGGGAGGGAGCAGCCACCGUCACCAUCAUUCGCCCUCACAGAGCCACCCCUCCUCUGAAUGGCACCUUUAACGUGGAGAUUUAUGGAAGUCGAGCUGAGGGUCUGUCGGUGGACAUUAGCGCGGCAGACCUGAAGUAUGCUCUGGAGGGAAUCUCAGGGAUGGGUGAGGUCAGCGUGACAAAGCAGGGAAGCUGCAGACGCCCCGAAUGGACGGUUAAGUGGCUCACAAAACCUGGAGACCAGCCUCUGCUCAAGGUUACCAACUUGUCAGUUGUUGGUGAAAAUGCAGUUGUUUCAGCCAGGGAGAUUACAAAGGGAGGGCUGUUGAUGCGAAGCCUGACAGGGGAUUUUUUCCGUGUUUGGGAAACCAAACCACAGGUGGAGGUUUACAUCAAUGGCAUCCCUUCAAAAUGUUCUGGUGACUGUGGGUUUGAAUGGUCUGCGGACAUGACUCCAGUUGUGACUGGAAUCAGCCCAUCUCAAGGAUCUAACGGUCUGGGGACUCUUUUGACUGUGACUGGGACUGGCUUCAGUGGUGAAAAUGCCUCCAUUAUUGUGGGAAAUGCGAGCUGUCUUGUUGAGCAGAUCACAGCUACCACUCAGGUGUGCAGGCUGGGUAGCAACAGUGCUGGUACCUACCCUGUGUUGGUCAGCUUCCCAUCUCUGGGUAAUACACGCUACGCAGGCGACAGUAUGCUCAACUUCACCUACCAGCUCAUUGUUUCCUCUUUCACACCGCUCUCUGGAAGUGUGGCAGGAGGCACACUGCUGACAGUGAGAGGCUUCGGCUUCAACCAGAAUACCACAGUGACUGUCGGCAGUGAGGAGUGCACAGUGGUUCUUGCCAGUGACACUGAGCUGAAAUGCAGAACGCCAGCAGGAAUUGCAGGACCACAGACCGUCACACUGAUGGUGGGAAACAUGAGUCAAACAGCCAACGGCUCCUUCACCUAUGACAUUAACCUUACACCACAGAUCUCAGGCCUGAGUCCCCUCACUACCACUGUGAUUGGACAUCAAGUUCUCACCAUUCAGGGUACAAACCUGGGAGGCCAAGACAAUGACAGCAUCGUGUCCAUAGGCAAAAAGGAAUGUGUCACCAUUCAGUGGACAACAACGAGCAUCACAUGUCUGCUGCCUGUACUGCCACCUGGCCUGUACAAGGUGGAUGUACAUGUUGGAAACAGUGGCUACCCCCAGACAAGCAACGGUGUGAAUGUCAGCAUUGAAUACAUCCUGGAAAUCCACAGCAUCUCCCCACUGUUUGGCUCCUUAAUGGGAGGAACCAGGCUGACCGUUUCUGGAUCUGGUUUCAGCAACAACACCUCUGACAACAGAGUCUCCAUUGGAGGAACUGAGUGUGAAGUAAAGGCCGCCUCAGAGAAUGAGCUGCAAUGUGUUGUGCAGUCAGAGGAGAAGACCCACAUCGUCACUAACCAGGGAUCCCACCGCAUUUACGGACAGGGGUAUGCAUGGAGUCCUGCCUCUCUGACCGUGUUUGUUGGAGACACAGUAAUGUGGCGCUGGGAGGCACCAGCCUUCCAGAGAGUCGGGUACCGGGUCUUCAGUGUUUCCAGCCCAAGUGGCACCACCUACGAAGGGGGACCAUUCAACAGUGGAGAGACCAAGACAGGAAAAGGCUUUUUUGGCUACCGUUUCACUGCACCCGGUGCAUAUUACUACAGCAGUGGCUACGUAGAUGUUGGCAAUGUCAGGCUUCUGCAGGGAGUUGUGAAAGUCGAGCCACGGGAAGAGAAGAGCAGCAAGGUCUCAGUCAGAUUGGGAGGCAUGGAGGCCAGACAAGUGACUGGAGGUUCACAUAAUUUCUCCAGACCAGCCCCACAAUGCAUCGCCUCUCCACAGUGCCAAGAGACCAAUGAAACUUCAGACGACCUUUCCUUCAGCUCCUCCGCCUGCUCCACUCCCACAGUCCACUCCAUUUCUCCCAAUCAGGGAUCAUACCACGAGCUAAUCCAUAUUCAGGGCAAUGGCUUCAGCAACACCCUCUGCGCUAAUGAGGUGACAGUGGGAGAUCAGCCCUGUCAGGUGAUCAACAGCUCUAACUCUGAGAUCAACUGCCAUCUCAGCUACAACAGUGAACUUCCUAUCGGUGUCGCUCUCCCCGUGGCUGUCAGAGUCAACAACCUUGGCAACGCCAUCAUCACUGUACCAGACGAGCUCAGCCGCCGUUUUGUGGUUCUGCCUGUGGUCGAUUCAGUCUCACCACCUCUCGGCAGCCCCACCGGCCACACGCAGCUCCUCAUCCAAGGCUCUGGCUUCACUGAAGGACAGGUCACUGUAGCCAGUGUGCCGUGCACUGUUGUGUCAGUAAAUUACACCAGUAUCAUCUGUGACACCAAUCCUUCUCUGCCACACACCGGAGAUGUCGUCUUCCACAUGGGCAGGAUCCAAAGCUCCUGUCAUUCAGACUGCUCCUUCAUGUACUCUUCCUCUGUCACUCCCGUAGUCACUGGUAUUUCACCCAACAACAUCAGCAAUCUAACCACUGUCACCAUCUUUGGCUCAGGGUUUGGCAGCAACGUGGAUGACAUAGCAGUGUUUGCCAGCACCACAGAGCUGGAAGUCACCGCCGUGACUGAUGGCAACAUUUCUGUGAGAGUUAACGCUCUGCCUGCAGGCGUCCACUCUGUCAAAGUGAUUGUGAGAAGUAAAGGCCUUGCAUCCGGUUCUGUCACCCUGACCAGUCUCGCCCAAGCUGACCUCAACCCCAAUGUGGGCAGCCUGGCAGGAGGAACCUCUCUCAUCUUCACUGGAAACGGCUUUGCUCCAGGGAACACCAAGGUGAUGGUCGAUGGCCAACCCUGCAAGAUUCAGGAGGAGAUGCCGCGUCGGCUUAGCUGCCUGACUCCUCCUCACAGAGAGGGGCUGGUAACCGUCACCAUCCAGGUCUUUUCGUUGCAGUAUCCUCCUCUCUACUUCACCUACUCUGCAGCCAACACUCCGGUCAUCAGCUCCAUCAGCCCCACUACUGGGCCGAGCGGUGCAGUCAUCACACUGACAGGUUCAGGAUUUGGCAAUGACUCUCAGCAAAUCUCCAUCACCAUAAACAAUGUCCCCUGCAAUGUUACUUCAGUCUCUGACACACAGAUUCAGUGCACUGCAGGAGACAACCCAGGGGGGGCAUACCCAGUCAUGCUGCACCACCAGGUCAAAGGUCAUGCCCAGUCAGCUGUCAUGUUCAUGUAUGAGCUGAUUCUGAGCAGCGUGCAGCCCAGUGAGGGCAGUUUUGGUGGCGGUGCUCUGCUGUCCGUGCAGGGUUCUGGGUUUGACCCGCACAACUCCACUGUGAUGAUCUGCGGUAAGGAGUGUGAAGUUCGCAGAGAGAUAUCGACAUCAAACAUUCUGUACUGCCAGUCUCCACUCAACAACGGCACUCGCUCACAGGUGAGCUGUGUGGUUGCUGUCUUUAAUCACCUGGAUACCGUCAACAUAUCAAAUGGCUUCACCUACAAAUCUCAGUUGACUCCGGUGAUCACUGAAGUUUCUCCACGCAGGGGAGGAACUGCCGGAGGCACCCAGCUCACAAUCGCCGGCUCCGGUUUCAGCACUGACAUGAAUGAAGUCAAUGUCACCAUCGCAGGGUCUGUGUGUGAUGUUCAAUCCACCAACAACACACACAUUAUUUGUGUGACAAAUGCUCAGCAACAGUCUCAAGAAACCAAAGUCAGAGUCAGCGUCAGAGACCAAGGCAUCGCUAAGAUGGAUAAUGCAAGUUUCUUCUACAUUGACGUGUGGUCGUCCAGGUUCACGUGGGGUGGUCUGUCUCCACCUGAGGCCGGCUCGUUUGCUGUCAUUACUAAAGGCCAGACCAUCCUGCUGGACACCAGCACCCCAGUGCUGAAAAUGCUUCUUAUUCAAGGAGGGACGUUGGUGUUUGAUGAAGCUGACAUCGAGCUGCAGGCAGAAAACAUCCUGAUCACAGACGGCGGACGGCUCCAGAUUGGCCAGGAGGGGGCACCAUUUCAACACAAAGCCAUCAUCACACUUCAUGGACACCUGCGCUCACCUGAACUUCCUGUUUAUGGAGCUAAGACGCUGGCUGUCCGAGAGGGAGUGCUGGACCUGCAUGGUAUUCCAGUUCCUGUCCCUUGGACCCACUUGGCCCAGACGGCAACCAACGGUUCUGUCACACUGACCCUAAUGAAGGCAGUGACUUGGAAAGCUGGAGACGAAAUUGUCAUUGCUUCCACCGGCCACAGGCACAGCCAGAGAGAGAACGAGAUGAGGAGGAUUGCUGCCGUGUCAGCUGAUGGAAAGACUCUAACCCUGACCGAACCCCUCAAGUACACUCACCUUGGGGUUACCGUCACACUGGCCAAUGGUACAGUGUUUGAGGGCCGAGCUGAGGUGGGUCUCCUCACCAGGAACAUCGUAGUACGAGGCUCCCAAAACCAAGAAUGGAACGAUAAUAUCGCAGCCUGCCCCGAUGGCUUUGACACAGGUGAAUUCGCCAUCCAAACCUGUUUUCAAGGAAGGUUUGGAGAGGAGGUUGGCAGUGAUGAGUUUGGGGGAUGCAUCAUGUUUCAUGCACCCAGACCAAAUGAGAAUCUUGCCAUUGGCAGACUGGAAUAUGUUGAGGUCUUCUAUGCAGGACAGGCCUACAGGCUAGGACGUUAUCCCAUCCACUGGCAUCUAAUGGGAGAUAUUAACUACAAGUCAUAUGUGAGGGGUUGUUCUAUCCAUCAGACCUUCAACAGGGCCGUAACCAUCCACAACACCCACAGGCUGUUGGUGGAGCACAACGUCAUCUACGACAUCAUGGGUGGGGCGUUCUUCAUCGAGGAUGGCAUUGAGACACAGAACAUCCUGCAGUACAACCUGGCUGUGUUUGUCAAACAAAGCACCAGCCUGCUGAACGACGAUAUCACUCCCGCCGCCUUCUGGGUCACCAAUCCCAACAACAUCAUCCGCCACAACGCCGCUGCGGGUGGCACCCACUUCGGCUUCUGGUACCGCAUGCACCAGCACCCCGAUAGCUCAUCCUACGAUCCAAACAUCUGUCAGAAUAGGGUUCCCAUCGGUGAAUUUUACAACAACACUGUGCACUCUCAGGGCUGGUUCGGCCUUUGGAUCUUCCCAGAAUAUUUCCCCAUGAAGGACGGCGCCUGCUAUUCCAAUACCCCCAAGCCAGCUGUCUUCAAGUCACUCACCACUUGGAACUGCGAGAAAGGUGCUGAGUGGGUCAACGUGGGCGCUGUGCAGUUCAACAGCUUCAUCAUGGUCAACAAUGAGAAAGCCGGCAUUGAAGCCAAGCGUAUCCUGCAGUGGGCCGUGAGCGGCUUUGGAGAGAUCGGAGGGGCAAUGAUAUCCAACAGCACCAUUGUGGGCCAUGUGGACGAGCUCGGACUGGGAGAUGACUACUGCACGCAAAGAGGCAUCAUUGCGCCAUUGGAUGAUGGCUUGAGUGUCCUUAACACCAAGUUCAUCAACUUCAACCGUAGCUCUUGCACAGCCAUCGGGUUAGCCUCAACGUGUGUGGGCCAGUGUGGAGCCUGGGCUAUCAGGUUUAGUGGUGUCCAGUACAGUAACUCACCAAACAAGGCUGGCUUCAGGUGGGAGCAUGAGGUACAACUGGUGGACAGUGAUGGCUCCCUCACAGGAAAAAUCAACCAUAAAGUUGUGCCUAUGAGCCCCUUACUGGACCCUGCUCACUGUUCCCAGACGGCCGAAUGGAGUGUGGGUUUCCCCGCCGCUGUGUGCGACCACACCAUCAACUUCCAUCGUUUCGAUUUCAACAAUCUAUCACCAGGCUCUCUGUAUGGCAGAGAUGUCAUCUUAACCAACUCACAUGGCACCAGUGUGAUUCCUCGCUGGAUGGCCUUGCUGCCCUCUAGACAAACAUACAACUGGUACUUUAAAAAUGUGGAGCAGAUCACCACCAUCAGUUAUACUGCAAGAUUCUACGGCUUCAAGCCGGAUCAAUAUGUGAUCAUCAACCACAACUUCACCCAAAGUCCAGACAUAGUCCACAUCAUCGAUGACAGGAAUGGCUCAUCGUCACCGCUGAACUUCAGUACUGACAAGAACGGAGACUGGUACUUCAACGAGAGCUCCAACAACCUCUACUACAUUGUGUCUGGGAAGACCAGCCAACGCAGGCGUCGGGAGACCGUUGACCGCUCCAUGGUUGACUCUGUGGUGAACUUAUGGGUCUACCGCUGCUUCUACCCCAAAUGCAUCCCACCUACAUCACCUAUACCACCUACACCACCACCUCUAGCCACGCUCGCCCCCUUACCCAACAGCCGGCCUGCCAAUUUCAUUCUUUGGUCUGAUGCCUCUUUCUGGAAAGGUUCAGCUGAAAAUAACUUCACAGUACCAACAGAGGGCGCUGAUGUGGUCAUCCCAUCUGGCAAGUGGAUCGUUUUGGACAUCGACACUCCUCGCCUCAACAAGCUGACUAUCAUUGGAGUUCUUGAGAUCCCCGACACCAUGAAUAGUUCAUCCAUCAAACAGGCUCAAUACAACACUGUGGUGAUAGAUGCUGUCUACAUCUCUAUCCAGGGCGGCAGGCUGAUUGCAGGAUGGGGUGAGCCGUUCAGAGGUCAGCUGCACAUCAAACUGAGAGGGAACCACCGCACUCCAGACUGGCCUCUGCCUAAUGGACCCAACCAGGGAUCCAAAGUCCUGGGUGUGUUUGGUAGUCUGGAGCUCUAUGGACUACCUCACAAUGUUUACCACACCAAACUCGCUGCUACUGCUUACGCCGGAUCCAAAACUCUGACCCUGACGCAGUCUGUGGACUGGCAGGUUGGAGAUGAGGUCGGCAUCUCCACCACCAGUUACAAUGCCUGGGAGACAGAAAAACGUCAGAUAACAGCCGUGUCAGCAGACGGCCGAGUCCUGACCCUGAACCAGCCUUUGACCCACACUCACAUCAGUGAGACUCACUCUGUCUCAGGCACAUCAUUCUCCUACACUCUGGCAGCUAAUGUUGCUCUCCUGACCAGAAACAUUAAGAUCAUCGGUCAGGAGUAUCCAGAGAUGAUGCAGGAGUCAUUUGGGGCCAGACUUUUGGUGGGCACCUACUCCUGGGCUGGUAUCAACUAUAAAGGCAAAGCUCAGAUCAGGAAUGUGGAGUUCUUCCACUCUGGUCAGGAAGGCUGGACCGACAACACCGACCCUCGUUAUUCUGUAGCUUUCCUAAACCUGGGAAAGGUUUCAGGAGACACAAUUCAAGGUUGUGCUUUCCACGAGGGCUUCUCUCCAGCCAUCGGAGUCUUUGGAACAGAGGGACUUAACGUUGACAACAACAUCAUCCAUCACACUGUGGGAGAAGGUAUCAGAAUUUGGGGCAACAACAUAACCGUGAGGUGGAACCUGGUGAUGAUGACGCGAGUGCAGUCCUUCAACUUAGCCUGGAACGCUGCCAUUGAGGUCAAUGAGGGGACAAAUGUGGUGCUGCAGAAUAACAUCGUGGCAGGCUACGAGAGAGUCGCUUAUCGCAUUGAUGGUGAACCCUGUCCAGGUUAUUUUAACGGGAAUCAGAAGUGGAUUAACAACGAGGCUCACGGUGGUCUGUUCGGAGUCUAUCUCAACAAAGACGGUUUGCCCGGCUGCAGCCUCAUCCAAGACUUCUUCAUCUGGAGGAGCUUUGACUACGGCAUUUACUUUCAGACCAUCACUGAUGUUGUUGUUUCCAAUGUGACCCUGGUGGACAACGGGAUGGGCAUCAUGCCGCUCAUCUUCGCUCCUCCUUCUCUCUCUCACUCAUAUGCGGAUAAAACUGUAACCAUUCAGGAUGCCUUGAUUGUUGGCAGCAGCCCGAGCUUUAACUGUUCAGAUACUUUGCCUUCCACUGUUUUUAACAGUAAUGGACAUCGUGCCCCAAGACCUCUCAAAGGUGGCAGAUCUGGAAUCUGUUGGCCGACUUUUGGAUCUCAACACAACAGUGCUCCAGUGGUGGCCCAUCAUCUGAACAACAACUACAAUGCCAUCAAAGGACUGAUGAAAGUCAAAGACACAACAUUCGUCAGUUUCCGAAACGUCUGCUCCAGUGAGACAAACUUCAUGUUCAUCACCAACCCACUCAACGAGGAUCUGCAGCACCCUGUGCAGGUUUCAGCCAUCAGGAUGAUUGACAGCACAGAGGAGGCCAAAGUCUUUGUCCACAGGCCAGAUCUGAGUAAAGUGAACCCGUCUGACUGUGUGGACAUGGACUGCGAUGCGAAGAAGAAGAGCUUGUUGAAGGACUUGGAUGGUUCGUUCCUGGGUGCAGUGGGAGCUGUAGUGCCUCAGUCUGAGUACGAGUGGGGAGGUGAUCCCAGGAGGGGGCUGGGCGACUACCGCAUCCCAAAAGUCAUGCUCACUUCCCUCAACGGCAGCCGCAUACCUGUGAACAAGAUCGCUCCACAUAAAGGUGUGAUCAGGAAAGACUGCAUGUACAUGAGUUCCUGGCAGAGCUACAAGUGUUUCGGGCUGAACUACAGGAUGCUGGUGAUUGAGAGUCUUGACUCUGACACAGAGACCAGACGUCUGUCCCCCGUCGUUGUGCUCGGAGAUGGCUUUGUAGAUCUUAUCAACGGUCCUCAGGAUCAUGGUUGGUGUGCGGGGUACACCUGUCGAAAGAGAGUGUCUCUCUUUCACAGCAUCGUGGCCAUUGGACACUCCUUUGACGUCUUCUUCACCAGCGUCAGCCCUCAGAAACUUCGCCUCAUGAUGCUCAGCGCUGAAACAUCUGAGAGCAUCAUGGUGUCAGUCUUCUACUCCAGUCCGCAGCGGUUGGAUGUGUAUGUUGACAACAAGCUGAUGGCUCCGACUAACGCUGACUGGAAUGCUGCCAACACUGACUAUACCCUGAAGGAGCCCAUUUAUGCAGAUCAAUAUGUUCCCCAGCUGAAUGCCACUGUGGGCACUAACUAUUUCGACCAGGACUACAAAAUGCUGAAGAUUGUGCUGAGGGGCUCCACACCGGUGGAGAUUAGAACCUCCCCAGUUCUCUUCAUCUCCUUCAAUCUGCCCGCCAUGACCGAGGCAGAGUUUUUUGGAGAUAACCUGAUCCGCAACCUAGCUGCGUACCUCAAAGUUCCCCCAAAUAUGAUCCGUAUCACCAAGAUCAUCCGUGAGGGUGGAGGCGCACGACGGAGGAAGAGAUCCACAGACCUGACGGUGGAGGUGGAGCUCAAGAAACCUCCAGUCCAGCAAACCACUAACAGCACUAACAAUGAGGACGACUUCACGUUGCUGAAGAGCAUUGCAGAUAAUCUGGGUCAGGCAGCAGUUACUGGAAAUCUCAGUCAGUCCAUCGGCUUCAACGUGUCUUCGAUGGGCAUCAUCCCACCUCCUCCUCUAACAUCUGACCCCAGCUGGAAUCAGGAGGCCACAGCAGAAGUGACGAGGGAGCAGCCUAAAAUGAGCUACGUGUCCCGCAUGUCCAAGCUGCUGCUGAUAGUGGAGCCGAUAUCCGGGGUGUUUGUGGGUCCUCUGUACCAGCAGCCUAAUCUCAUGGCUGUGGAUGAGCAGGGUAACUGUGUCUCUGUUGGAGUGACAACUCUGACUGUAACAGCCAGCCUAAAGGACUCCAGUGGGAACAGCGUAGGUGGGCUGGAAGGUAACACCACCAUCCUCUUCAGCACCUGCUGGGCAAACUUCACCGACCUGUCCAUUCUCAGCAGUGGUGAGAACCUAACCAUGGUCUUCACUCUGAAGGAUUGGGGCACUGAGUCACGCUCCUUCACUAUUAAAAACACUCCAACCACCCAGACCCCGUCCAACUCCAGCAACGUCACUGAGCCAGUAUCCACCUUGUCCACCUCAACCACAAGCAAACCACAGUCCACCACCAACGUGAGCAUCUUCAGCUCCAGCAGCGUCACUAAGCCAGCAUCCACCUUGUCCACCUCAACCACAAGCAAACCACAGUCCACCACCAACGUGAGCAUCUUCAGCUCCAGCAACGUCACUGAGCCAGCAUCCACCUUGUCCACCUCAACUUCAAGCAAACCACAGUCCACCAACAACGAGGGCACUGCCGUGUCUGCUGGCAGUCUGUGUCUGGUCAGCGUUGUCUACGCUGUGGCCUGCUGCUCAGACCUCAUCCCCAUAUAUUAGAUAGGUCUCUGAAGCUAGGGUUUUAUCAAGGAUACCGCAACUUAUAUCCGGCUUGACAAGUCUGCUAAAUAAAACAAAUGUAAUCUUUAAAUAUAUUAUGCACAUGGCUGGGGGGGGUUUUUUGGGUGGCGGGGUACAACUUUUAUUAAUAGUUACAUAAAGUUCUUGGAAUAAGGUUACAAAUUUGAUGCCACACAGGAAAUCAAUAAGGAAAAUGUCAAAACUCAAAAUGAAAGCACUGUUAAAACCAUGUCUUUGGAGUUAUUUUGUUCAUAUCAUGUGUACAUGUCUGUUUCAUAUGAUUAGGCCAUACACCAGGUCUAAGAUUGACAUAGAAUUUCUAUUUUAAAACCGGUGGCAUAGGGUUUAUUACUUGAAUCUUUAACAAGAUGAAGGAAGAUGUAACAUUUGAAUUUUGUUGAUGAUUGUUUAAAACUAUAUUCUCUUUUCAAUAAAUUCUGUUUUUCAUUGCUAAAAAACA